AGAGACACUUGAGAAUCAUCACCACCAUUCGUUAAUCUCUCGCUUAACACGUUCGCUUCAAGAUCUUCCCAACUCUCGCUUUCACAUCUUUGUUUCGUUCCUGUCAUGUCUGACUCAAAACCACAUGCCUACUACUUUGUUCCCCGGAAGCCGGUAUCGGCAGACUCCGAAACAGGCUUCAGCCUUCAUAGGACUCUGACACGAUCAAGAUCUAGCUUAUGGCGAGGAUGGAGUCCAGGACUACCUUCUUUCUCAGAAUAUGAGAGAACAGCAUACAAAUUUCCCUGGCUCCAAGACCCAGCGGAGGAAUCAGGCAGCAGACAUCCUGGGAUUAUCUUGGAGACGUCUGCUCCUGACGAUCGUUCACACUUGCUUUCUCACGAUGGCACGCAGGCAGGACCCUCUGCGGAAAUCCCUCCCGAGGAAAAGCCUGCACAGGGAAUCACGCCCGAUGAUCCGGAAGACCCAGACCUGGUAACAUGGUCUGGGCCCGAUGACCCAAUGAACCCAAAGAACUGGGCCAGGCACAAGAAAUGGACUGCCACCAUCUUGGUCUCAUGUUUCACAUUCAUAUCGCCAGUCUCCUCAACCAUGCUAGCCCCCGCGCUAGACACCCUCGCCGACGAAUUUGACGUCGAGUCUGACAUUGAGACUUAUCUCCUCAUGUCCAUCUUCCUACUAGCGUACGCCGUGGGGCCAUUCGUCCUUGCUCCGUUAUCAGAGAUGUAUGGUCGUGUUGUCGUGCUUCAGUCUGCCAACAUGUUUUACUUGAUCUUCAACACUGUCUGCGGCUUCUCUGCUUCAAAGCAGCAGAUGUUGGCUUUUCGGUUUCUCAGUGGACUUGGCGGGAGUGCUCCUCAAGCUCUUGGUGGCGGCGUACUGAGUGAUUGUUGGAGAGCCGAAGAGAGGGGCACAGCGACUGCCAUCUACAGUCUUGCUCCCUUUCUUGGGCCUGCUGUUGGGCCUAUCGCUGCCGGAUACCUGACACAGUAUCUCUCAUGGCGCUGGAUCUUCUGGACCGUCUCCAUCGCUGAUGCGGUCGUCCAAAUUCUCGCCUUUCUCUUCCUUUCUGAGACUUACGCCCCCAAGAUCUUGGCAGUCAAAGCUGAAAUUCUGCGUAAGAAGACGGGAAACGUGAACCUCCGUACGGAGUUUGAUCAACCGGACAGGACUUUCGGACAGACGUUGCGGAAGAAUCUUGUUAGACCAUUCAGAAUGCUCUUUACUCAGCCAGCGCUGCAGAUCACCGCGGUGUACAGGGCGUACCUGUAUGGUCUUAUGUAUCUUGUCCUCGCUUCGUUCCCUUUUGUGUGGAGUGAGCAAUACGACAUGGAACCCGGACCGGCUAGUUUGAACUACAUCUCACUUGGUGUUGGUUUCGUGAUCGGGUUACAGAUAUCCGGACCCCUUAUUGAUAAGGUCUAUCGCAAGCUCAAGGCGCGAAACAAUGACACAGGGUGUCCAGAGUUCAGAAUUCCUCUCAUGUUCCCCACAGCCAUCAUCACCCCCGUAGGCCUCCUACUGUACGGAAUCGCAGCACACUUUGAAGUCCACUGGAUCGUUCCAAACAUUGGAGCAGCAACUCUGGCCGCUGGGCUGAUACUCUCGUUUCAGUGCGUGCAGACCUAUGUCAUCGACUCUUAUGAGAGAUAUGCGGCCAGCGCAGCAGGCGCGGCGGCCUUUGUGCGGACGAUGGCUGGUUUCAGCUUCCCGUUGUUUGCACCGAGAUUAUACGAUGUGUUGGGUAUUGCCUGGGGUAAUGUGUUGCUUGCUGGUAUUGUCUUUGUGAUGGGGUUGAUCGUGCCCUUUGUGAUGUGGAGAUGGGGCGCGUGGCUUAGGAGCAAGAGCCAGUACUGCGCUGGCUGAAGAGGAUCUCGUGCGUUUGUUGCGUACCAGGUCUUGUGUUCAUGGCUACAUGUACUCAAGACGUCACUGACUAAUUGUUGAAAUAGAGUUGCGAUGUCAGGAAUGAUUUACGAUAGAUAACUAGAAUUAUGACCACUCGUCUUGAG